AUGGCUUCGAGCAUCUUCGACGACUUGCAGUCGCCAGUUUCAUAUGAUGCCGACUUCGACAGAGGAUGGCGCCAGAUCUCGGAGAAAGGCGACGACCCUGUAAACCGCCUCUAUGAGUUGCUGCGACGGGUAUACUGGGACGCCGUGCAAGACGAGAUGGCAAACGCAAUCUUAGCCUUUGACGAUUAUAAAACCUUUGGUCCAAAAGGACUGCCGAAGUUGGACGAGGAAGAGUUGGAGAGCGAGUACCUGCGGGAGUUGAUUGACCUGUGGGACCCUCUCGAGCUUCCAGAAGAGAUCAAAGACAGUGUCUGUCAGAGUGUAUCCGACAACGUCAAAGAACGGCAAAACGUCCCACAGGACGACUUGAUCGCUCGCUCGCUGCUCCAAGCAUGCGGCAAGAUCCCAUCCUCAUCGUACUCCGUUCAGUAUACUGACCGCAUGAUAAGGAUUCGCCGAUUACGACUAUGUCCAGGAGUACCGACGGCCAACAUUCCCUUCUUUAGGAGCCGCGCCACAAGUGUUCAGAAUGCCGCGCGUGUAUCCGAUCAUUUCACUUCUAUCAAUGCAAGAAAGGCUGCAGCGACUAAAAAGUCAAUGGAAGACCUCGGCCAUAUCUACUUUAACUGCGUGGGACUAGUACCUUAUCGUUUGUGCUGCAACUGUAUGGAGACAUCCACCCAUUUGAGGGAUCAUCUCAAGGUUACAUACCGAUUCAAGAGGGCGGGCGAGCAAGACCAUUAUACAUUCAGCCAGGAGUUAGACGCCCUCGAAGAUCACAACAGAGGACAGAGUCUUAUGUCUUUUGGCAAUGCAUUCCUCGACCAUAUCACCGCUGGUGGCUUGCGACGGUCGAUGAAUGCUCGACGUUUAUUUCCCGCAGGCAAUGCGCAUUGUGCUUUGAUGUUUGGGCCGCUGCUGAUUGAAAAUGGAAUGACAAUUCAUCCUGGCGGUGCACUGAUAUCAACUCGAUCGCUACCAACUUUGGGCCGUCAUUUACCACGUGAUAUCUUGGAGUAUCUGCGUCCAGAAAAUUAUAGGACAAUCCAGGGCUGCGACGUAUUUUGCUCACAAGUAUAUUCGGUAUCCCCAAAGCGCCAGGUUUAUGAGGCCAUGAAGAAAGCUAGAGAGCGCCGGUUCCUCUGUUCGCGGAAGCAGCUGUCUGGUGGUCUAUUUACCGACUACAACUCAAACCCACAGUGGAAGGCUGGGGAGGCCUUGGUCAUUGACCAAUUCUUGAGAGCGGCGGAAGUAUGGCGAACCGAGAAGUCGCCAAUGGUGCAUGACGAGAUGAAUAGGGCAACUUUACGGGAUCGCGCAAAACAGCUUACUAACGUAAUGCAGUCAUGUUUCGACGAUGUAGUGAAUCCCUCCUUAUAUUUGCUCGCCUCGAAACUCGGUAAGACGCAGAAACUAGCCUACAGCCGGAUGAGCAACAACUGUCAAGAUUUUUGCAAUGGUCUUUUAAACUACGACAGCUACUACCAUCCCGUAUUUAGCACCAUGUACCCGUUCAUCCCAGUAUCUCUAUCACUGGAUGUCGAGCGAGAGCCUGAUGAGCGAUGUCUUAGCUACCUCCAAAGCUUUGUGAAACCGUUGCAGUACCCCAUCCCCGGAUUCCGGAGCCAGCGAGCUAUGAUAGGCUCUGCUGUGACUAUGUACUCUAGCUACGCUCAGAACGAUGCCGAUCUCAUUGAUCACGUUCAUAGCGUACGGUUUGGACGCGACCGAGAGAAUGGUUACUCUCUCGGAUUUAGUUUCUCAAAACCACUGGGAGGAGACCCGUAUCUUCUCAAGGAUGAAGAAAUGAGCUGCUCAGACCGGUUUGCAGCUGCCCAUUUACCAGGAAGCUCUGGUGGUAAACGAUGCACACUGGCAGAUCAUGUACUAGACUGCCCUGUGGAUAACCUGUCGAUUCUACAGACCCAUCUGCACCGGAACGCCAAAUACUACAUUGACGAGAACGAAGACUUCCUGACCGACCUCGGACCAACAGCAUGGAUCAUGAACAGACUUCAGAUCCUUCGUCGGCUGAAUAUAUUGAACGACUUUAUGGCUGAAAUAGCAAGCCACUUUCAAGAACUCUGUAGACUCGUCCCACCAAGUGACACCCUAAACGUCAAGUCUUUGCAGAAGAUCUGGCGGCCAGGUGGCACGAUAUUCUCUCGCGCAUUCCACAUGGACAAGCGAGAUGGAAACAAGCUGUACUAUGCGCCCGACAUCGACUUUGGUGAAGGCGAAAUGGACAACUGGAGGGCAAUCAGAUUUCUGACGUUUGGGACCACAUUUGCUCAGACGCACCGACAGGUCAUGGGAGGAGACGAGCUGUUCAUGACACGACUCAAGACAAUGAAGUCCCUCAUCGUAUCUCGACUAGCGGGGAAGCAAGAAACCUGGUCGCCCUGGAAGAUGUGUACGUGCAGCGAGUGCAAGAUCAACGCCCUGUCGUUCAUGUGCCGCCGGCUGGAUUGCAAUGCAAUCGAUAACGACGAAGCGCUCCAGCGAGGAGAGACGCCUGUUGUUAGGUUAGGGCAUCCGGAUUACGUCUCUAGUAGAGAACUUCUGGGAUUAGUGAAUAAUCGGGAGUACUGGAAGGAUGUUAUCGAACCUCAAAGGCCUUCUUAUGAUUAUCAAGAAGAGUGUGCGGCGAAUUCGGGUAGGGAAUGGAUUUCGACGUACCUUCUCUUCUUGAGGAUUAUCUAUGGAGCAGAGAUUGCGGAUCCGGAACUGCUGCGAUGGCGCUUGGAGGGGUAUGGUAAGUUGGAACGUGGAGAGCGGGCUACUGAGUAA